AUGGAAAAACUUCGUCAAUGUUUACUUCAAAGUGUAACUAAACAAUCAGAUUUAAUUGAAAUAUUUUCAGCUAUUGAUCAAGAUUGUUCUGGUCGUAUAACAUAUGAAGAAUUUCGUGCAGCUAUUAAAGCUCUUCGACUUGGUAUUAAUAAUGAUGAUGAAAUUAAACAACUUUUCCAUCAAUUUGAUUUAACUAAAAAUGGUCAAAUUGAUCUUUCAGAAUUUCUUCAACAAUUAAGACCACCAAUGAAUGAACGACGUCAAAAAGCUGCUUUAAAUGUAUUUAAUUCAAUAGAUGUUGAUAAAGAUGGAACAUUAACAAUAAAAGAUCUUAAAGCUCUUCAUAAUUUUUUAAAUAAAUUUGAUACACGUGGUCAUGAAGAUGGUAUUAUUGAUAAAGAAGAAUUUCUUGGUUUUUGUUCAAUGCUUAGUGCUACAGUGAAAGAAGAUGUUUAUUUCGAACAUGUACUACGAUCAUUAUUUGAUUUUCAUUUUUAA